AACCCCUGCAAGGAUUACGCUGGUAUAGAAAAUACAUGAAUAAAAGUGUUUCAUUUCUAAGUAAAGUAUAGUUUAGAGCUGUACAAAGACAUGCGACCAGCCCAAUUUGAAAGGCUGUUGGGAAUGCCUUCACCUUUUUUUUAAUAAACUUUAUAUAAAGCAUAUGGAGAUAGCAGUGACAUUGGACAAGCAGAGAAACCAUCCAGAAGAGCAGACAAAAAGAACACACAUCCUGCAUAAGAAACACAAAAAUAAAUGCACUUGGUGUUUGGCAACAGGUUUUAUCUUUGAAAAUCAUUCUAUAAUAACCAAACUUUCAUCCCUUUUAUGGAUUUCAAAGGAUUGUAACAAAACUCUUUAUGCAGAGUAGAUGAGUAACAGUGUUUGUGCAAUCAUCUAAACACGAAUUAUGAAAGAUUCAUUGCUAAAUCAAUUUUCCUGAUUUUCACAAGUCAACCAGAUAUAGCUAGUUCACUACAUAAUCUACAACCCAGAGAGCCUCUAUGUAAAACAAGUUGUGUGCUCUUUUCUCAACGGAUCAACAGAUCCAUUCAUCUCUACUUUCAACUUUAUUAACCUUCCGUGGUGCCGGUUCCUCAAACUGACAUCAAAUUGUUGUCAUUCUUUACAUGAGCAGUGUCUAUCAGGUGUAACAGCGCCACCAGGUGUCCAAGACAGUGUGGAUCACAUAGCGCGGCUGUGUAGUUUUAAGUGUCAACCACUUCCAUCGCCACCCACAUGACGUCAGGAGUCUUUCUAUGAACAUGUCAAAUUAUCUCUGUCAACAGUUUUCAUACACUGUUCCAACGGUACAUUCUUGGCAGGUGUCGGUGUGUGUGAGACAGACUGACAAGUUAAGGCAGAGGUAAAGGUGUGGUGGCAGGCUUGAAGAGUGAAGGAGGAGCAUGUAGUGUCACAGGGAACAUUGAAGGAUCUCUCCCCGUCACCGAGGAGAAGAGAACGUCGCUGGAGAAAGAGGAGGCACCAGGAGCAGCAGGACUUCCUUACUUCUUGGAGAUUUGCAAUCCUGGUCGCUGUCUACAGCCUUAAAUUCAUGGAACCCGCACACUUCAGUCUGAUCAUUUAAUAUUUGCUGUCAUACAUCACGUUCCUUAAAAAAAACAUGCGUAGAUUCAGCUCUGAGGGAUCCCUUCUGGAUCUUGACACCAUACAAUGGGAUAAAAUGUUACAGAAGAAGCCAGAAUUUGGAAUCAGGAAAAUGUCACUCAGGUUCACACCUCAUUUGGAAAAUGAUGAAUUAGAUGCAGGGUCAGGUGGCCUGAUUCCCACCAAUCAAGAGCCGACAAAGAUACCAAGUGAGGUCAGGAGGAAUGAGCAGAUUAAAGAGCACAGCUUCAGCAUCGAGAACCUCAGUGGGCUGGGGAAACAGGAUAUGAACCAUCUGAAAGUGUGUACUAUCAGCGAAGGCUACAGGGCUUACAGUGACAGCCAGCUUGCCCCAGUGGCUGGGGACAUUGAGAGUGUCGAAACAGAUGGCCAACAUCAGAUGUCUCCAUCAGUCUCCUCCAACCCCUCCCCUGUAAAGUCCCAGCCAAGCCACCACCACAGAGCCAAACUUUCAGCUGCUAAACUUCACCUCAAGAGUCUCUUUGGACAGAGUCCACAGUCCUCAAACUCAUACUUGUUUAAUACAGAAGAGAAAAACAGUGCUACGGAAAGAAGGUCUCGUCUGCAUUUCAUGCGUCAGUGGAGUCAGGUGGGCCACAAUAAGAAGGGGAGAAUCAGUCGAGAUAUGCUGGAAACCUGGGCCGAGUCUCUGAAUGCCCUGCUGGCCAGCCAAAUUGGUGUUUCGGUGUUUGGAGCAUUCCUGCGCUCUGAAUUCAGUGAGGAGAAUCUUCAGUUCUACUUGGCUUGUGAGCAGUAUAGACACUCAUCCAACAACUUCAGCCUGCAAAGAAGAGCUAAAAACAUCUGUGCCACCUACAUCCAACCAGGCGCCCCUCGUGAGGUAAACCUGGACAGUAAAACUAGAGAUUUGACCCUCCAGCUGCUGCAGGCUCCCUCUCACACCUCUCUGCUCCCAGCACAGAAACGCAUCUACUCUUUGCUGGACAACGAUUGUUACCUACGUUUUCUCCAGUCAAACAUCUACUCUUCUUUGCUAAAAGAGGCUGAGUAGAAGCCUCAUAAAACUGAACUUCGGCAGGCAGAGACUCUGCAGUAUCCACUACUUGCAAGAUUCCCAAUGUGAAUGAGUUUUGUGAGAAAAAGAAAUAUGUUCAUGCCAAAUAGACACUUUGCACUUGAAUUAAGACACUGAAAAAUCCACUUUUUAAAAAUCCACUUUUUUGUCUGAGCCUGAGGCAGAUCAAUAAAGAAUUAUUGCCAAAACCUGGUUGGCACAACUUAUAAACAGCAAGCAGUUGGGAUACAUUUAACACAGCUCAAGCUAUGCCAUUCUAUAGGGGCUUUUUAAGUGGUAACAUAGCUUUAAUAUAUUGUAACUGUAAUAAUUAAUUUUAUAUUGGCUAAUAACUGAACAAAUCACCAUCACAGAUAAAUAUGCUGGACGUCCAUUGAAAACACUGUAAAAAUAAACUUGUUCUUUUUGGCAGCCUGUUUGCUUGUUUAAUGACAGACACUGUUGUGAUUUAAGAAAUUAGGCCAAAUGCAGACUGUUGACUCACCUUUACAACUUUACACAGUUGUUUGAUAAAUUGGAAAUAUAAGGAUAUAAAUAAAGCUGCAAGUCAAAAUCAGA